AUGUGCAGUGAACUGCACUUGAGACGGGAUAACGCGGUCGACGAGGCAGGGAAGGAAAGGCGGGGAAGACGGAAGGAUGUGGGCCGCGCCCUCGGGCUUCUUGUCCGUAAUGGACUGAUAGCCCAAACGAACUCUCAUGGGCCUCGCGGAGUCGCAGGCGAGUUGGGCCUCGGCCUGGUCCGCGCCUCAUCUCCCGCAUUGGCUCGUGGGGUCAGCAACAGCAGAAGCCGCCGAAGCGCCCAUGGCUCGCCUCGCCGGGGCCUCCCCCCGCCGCCGGCGAAGCUCAGGGCGGCGAUGCGGAAGCGGUGCGACCAGAUCCUGGCGAAGCUGCGGAAGGACAAGCGGAGCAUCUGGUUCAACGCCCCCGUGGAGGUCGACCGCCUCGGACUCCAAGACUACCACGCCGUCAUCAAGUGCCCCAUGGAUCUCGGCACGGUGAGGGCGAACCUCGCCGCCGGAAGGUACCCCUCGCACGACGACUUCGCCGCCGACAUCCGGCUCACGUUCAGCAACGCGCUGCGGUACAACCCUGCUGGACACGAGGUCCACACCUUCGCCGGCGACCUCCUCGCGUCCUUUGAGAAGAUGUACAAAGCGUCGGUGUCUUGGUUCGAGCAGGAACUCAAGAUCCUUGAGCCGCCGAUGCCAGUGCCGCCACCGGAAUUGCCACCGGCGAAAGCUCCGGCGCAGGUGAAACCAAGGGCAGGGAAUGUGAAAAUGCGGAAAACGAAGGCAAGGGAGCCGAACAAGAGGGAGAUGACCCUGGAGGAGAAGAACUUGUUGAGGGUUGGGUUGGAGAGCUUGCCAGAGGAGAAGAUGCAUAAUGUGUUGCAGAUUGUGCGGAAGAGGAAUGGCAAUCCUGAGCUGGUUGGGGGUGAGAUCGAGCUGGAUAUUGAUGAGAUGGAUGUCGAGACACAGUGGGAGCUUGAUCGAUUCGUCAACAAAUUCAAGAAGGCGCUCAACAAGAGUCGACGGGCUGCCAUUGUUAAUGGUGAAAAUGCCGAUGUCAUUGAUGCUUCCGUGGCUAAUGAUAGUGAUAUGCUGGUGAAUGGCAGUACCGCUACGAUGGUGGACAACGGUGAUGUGACGAUGGCAAUAGAGAGCAAGGAUCCUGACAAGAUCACUACACAGGCCGAGCAGUUGGAUGAGUAUGUAGAUGCAGUGGCGGACCCAGAAUUUUUGUCCUGGGUUUGCCCAUGCUAGCUAUCAAGAGAGGCAAAUCAAACACUAUAUGCACAUGAUGACACAAAUAUAGUCUUAAUUUUAGGAAAGUAUUGGUGUAUCCUGAGGGUGAAUUGAAGAACAAAAUAACACAACUCACUUUGUUCAGUUACUUUCCCUCCCUGUUCUAAGGUUUCCCAUCACCAUUAGAAAUGUGAAGCAUAGGGCAUGGCCUGAUGAAGCAGAAUCUAAUGGUGCUUUGCUAAAGAAAGAAAAAGAAUACCCAUAUUCUUCUUCGUAUUCUAAUCUGAUUGAUUCAACUUGAUCUCAGCGUACAAAUCACAAAAACAUGUAUUCAAUUUUUGAAGUUUGUACUCUCAUUGAUUUCACUUGUUAGCUCAUUAUAGUUUUCAAUUUUCAAUCAAUCUAUGUCUCCAUCUGUUAAGAAAAAAAAAUCAGAGAGACAAAGAACUGAAGAAGUUUGAGUAUACUUGGACAUGGACAGAUAAUGAGUGGAACUGGACCAGGUGAUUUAGUCAGCGCCUAGCCCAGUGACCGGCAGCCUCUGCCACCGGUGCUCGCUGUCCGGCCGCAGCGCCACGACGCUCAAACCGUCCAUGCGUCGUGCUUGCCAUGAGGCUGCCGAUCAAUGAUACAGUGCCACAGCGCGCCACGCUGUCGCAGCGCCGCCAACGCCUGCUCCAAACCCUACCGCAUGAGUGCUAGCCAAAGGGGAACAUCAUCUUCUGGUGGGCUGUGCAACAGCUAGACUUUUACUUCUUGGGCUUUUGCUUAGUUUCAGCCCACUGAUGCAUACUGCCUACUAAAUCUUUUCCGAAUUUUCUGGGUAUGCCGGUGCAUACCCGGCACCAGCCCUGGGUCCGCCCCUGUGUAGAUGUCGGGGAUGAAAUGCCAACAGCAACUUACCAAUCAGUGGAGAUUGAGAAGGAUACUGAGGCCGCGAGCAGUGGGUCCUCAUCAUCCAGUGAUUCAGGGAGCUCAAAGGACAGUGUCUCAGAAUCUGGCAAUGCCCAUUCUCUGGUGUAAGGCCUCCAUUCUAACAGUAGGAUACGAGUAGGUGGAUGAUUAAUUUCCUUUUGUGUGAUUGGUGGUGUAGAGACAACAAAAGUGUAGGUGUUUUGUAAGUUGAUUAAGAGGAGUUGGUAUCUGUUUGGAUUUAGUCAAGAUUAAUUUGUAGCGAGUGAACUGGCUUUGUGGCUAUUCUGAUAGCGCAGGUGUCCUAUGUACAUAUAAGUGAAAAAUGGAGACUACGGUAGCAAUUGGUAGACUGGUAGUUCACCAGGCUUUCUGAUCUGAAGAAGUGAAUAUGGUUCAUGUGGCUGUCUGUUCUUCUAGUUCUCAAUGCAGUUGUUUUGUUA